UCUGGGUGUCAUGUAACAGUACUGUAUGUAUGUUACUCUCAUGUGACAGGAGGCUAUACUUUCCCCGCUCCUUAUUUUAAGUCUGCUGGCUGUAUAUGACACUGAAUGCAAACUUUAUCGAUUUAAACAUGGUAUAUUGAAACUUAAGAACAGAAGGAAGACCUCGUUUCAUCCACUGGGGCGGGAGCUUCUGACUCACUUAACUUCCUCUGUAAAGUAGCGCAUGGGAGAGUUGAGCGCUAUCAUUCCUUCAGCCGGUGUGCUUUGAGAGAGCUGGACACUUCUGCACUAAAACAACAGGAGUAAAGAAAUAUUAAACAGUUCAACUAACCCAGCGCACUCCAGAGAGACGGAGCCCGACUUUAAAGAGUUUUAUAGGAGAACAACUCGAAUCAGGAGCAACAUGAGCGAGCGCUUUGACUGUGACAACUGCAAGGAGUCUCUGUAUGGCAGGAAGUACAUCCAGGCGGAAGACAACCCGUACUGCAUCCCUUGUUACGACAGCCUGUUUGCAAACACCUGCGAUGAGUGCAAAGAGCUGAUUGGCCACGAUUCUAGAGAGUUGUUUUACGAGGACCGUCACUAUCACGAGCAUUGCUUCCGCUGUUUCCGCUGCGACCGCUCGCUGGCAGACGAGCCCUUCACCAGUCAGGACGACGCUCUUCUGUGUAACGACUGCUACUGCAAUGAGUUCUCCUCCAAAUGUGUGGCCUGCGACAAAACCGUCAUGCCUGGCACCAGGAAGCUUGAGUAUGCCGGCUCCACGUGGCAUGAGAGCUGUUUCAUUUGCAACAGCUGUCAACAGCCAAUUGGCUCCAAGUCUUUUAUCCCAGACAAAGACGACCACUACUGCGUACCCUGUUAUGAGAACAAGUUCGCACCGCGCUGUACUCGAUGUAAACAGGCUUUGGCUAAAGGCGGUGUGACCUACAGGGACGAGCCGUGGCACAAGGAGUGCUUUGUUUGCACGAGCUGUAAGGUUCAAUUAGCUGGCCAGCAUUUCACUUCCCGUGAUGACAGCCCAUACUGCAUCAAAUGUUUUGGCAACCUGUACGCGAAGAAGUGCGAAGCCUGCAGCAAACCAAUCACAGGAUUCGGUGGAGGAAAAUACAUUUCAUUUGAGGAGCGACAAUGGCAUCAGUCUUGCUUUACCUGUUCUCGAUGCUCCGUGUCGCUGGUGGGCGCCGGCUUCUUCCCCGAGCAGGAGGAGAUCCUUUGUCGUACCUGCAAUAGCAACCUAUAGAACAGAGCCUCCGUCAACACACCACUCAUCACCACGACACGAUUACGCUUGCAUGCACAUGCACACAUCUCUUAUAUUACACCUCUGUUCAUUCCCAUGAGAACUUCUUAAAAAACACCCGUGCAGAAACUCUCUGAGAUCACAGCAGACUAGCUUUUCAAACCCUACACAUUGCUGUGAUCUUAGCUUUAUCACAAUAUUCAAACAUGAAAGUCCAAAGAACUUUGAUUUACACACUGUUUUUAAGUUUGUUUCGCAAGUCAACGACCGGAUAGAUGAGAUUUCAGAAAGAAUCAACAUGUGCAGAUACAAAUAUUUUUUUUGACCUUGAGUUCCAGUGAUCUGCCUACUAGUUAUUCCCAAUUUUAUUUUCCUGGCCGGUCCGAACUGUCUUAAGCUGGUAAGAGUCAUUAAUGUGUGGAUGAAGUCUGUGUUUGCAGCCUGUGAAAGAACUCAAACAGAUUCCUUCAUAAACACUGAAAGGUAACAAGGUUAGGUGUUCUGUAAGUAUCUGAAACACAUUUAUGUAGAAUUGUUCUGCGCCAAGAAAGUGUAGUAACAAGAAAGAAUCUGCGAAUGAUUUUGAAGAUAACCCUCACUCGUAGUUGAACAUCUAACGCUUUUAUCCAAAGCGAUAGAACAUAUGUUUCUGAAUAUGUGCAAUCCCUGGGAUAGAACCCAUGACCUUUGCAUUGCUAGCGCCAUGCUGUAACCAAUGCGAAAUCCAAAAACUUCCAAAAAGCAUAGCAACAACAACAGAAAAAACACCUUAAAUGUUUAUGCAGACCAGAGAGUCCAGAGGGAGGAACAUUAAGUUUGAAAUGUAUUUUAUACACAGGUGGGACAGACUUGCAUUUGCACUAUGCCUUAAAUUAUCUAUAGAUGCACAUAAACUUUCAAAAUACAGCACGCAUACACUGUAUAUACACAAACUAUGUACUAUUCCUCUUUACUUUCCACUUUUUACGUGUUUGAUUGUUCAUCCGCCUUCAUAAUGGCCUCAAGUGUCUUUUUUAUAAACAUAUACAUCAUCUGAGUGUUUUGAGUGAAUGAAACAUACUGUUUCAAAAAGAGUAUCAAUGUUUCAAGCUUUUUUUAUUUCCAGUCGAGUAUUGUUCUUGAUGUUAAUGAUGACAAUUGUACUAGUUUCACCUUGCAUUUCUUAAAUCAAGUGAUUUGAGUUAGGCGUGGUAAAAAUGCAUUUCACUUUUUCUAAUUGUUUGAUUUUUCAUUGAUUGUUUGUUGAUAAAUACUUUAUGAAUUAAAACAACUUGUGU